CACUCACGACCAGCACAAGAAAAAUAGACACCAUGGCCCCCAUCGCUACCCCCGCCAACGCCUCGACUGGCCCCUCCAAGGCCAAGUACACGACCCAGGAGAUUAUGAACCUCGAGUCCGAGUACUCUGCCCACAACUACCACCCGCUCCCUGUCGUCUUCGAGCGUGGAGAGGGCGCCCACGUCUGGGACCCCGAGGGAAACGAGUACCUCGACUUCCUUGCCGCCUACUCCGCCGUUAACCAGGGCCACUGCCACCCCGAGAUCCUCAAGACGCUCGUCACCCAGGCGUCCAAGCUCACGCUCUCGUCGCGCGCCUUCUACUCGACCGGCCUCGGCCCCUUCGCCGAGAAGGUGACCAAGAUGUUCGGCUACGAGAUGGUUCUGCCGAUGAACACUGGUGCCGAGGCCGUCGAGACGGCCAUCAAGCUCGCCCGCAAGUGGGGCUACGAGAAGAAGGGCAUCCCAGAGGGCAAGGCCAAGGUGCUCUCUGUCGACGGCAACUUCCACGGCCGCACGAUCGGCAUCAUCUCCAUGUCGACCGACCCCGAGUCGCGUAACGGCUUCGGUCCCUUCCUUGACAACGUCGGCCCCGUCGUCGACUCCAAGGUCAUCCGCUACAACCACCCCGAGGACCUCGAGGCCGCGCUCGCCAAGUACGGCGACGAGGUCGCCGCCUUCCUCGUCGAGCCCAUCCAGGGUGAGGCCGGUAUCUACGUCCCCGACGACGGCUACCUCGCCAAGAUUGCCGAGAUCUGCAAGAAGCACAACGUGCUCUUCAUCUGCGACGAGAUCCAGACUGGUCUCUGCCGCACCGGCAAGAUGCUCUGCCACGAGUGGGACGGCGUCCGCCCCGACAUGGUCAUCCUCGGCAAGGCGCUCUCGGGCGGCAUGUACCCCGUGUCGUGUGUGCUCGCCGACAAGGAGAUCAUGCUCACUAUCAAGCCUGGAGAGCACGGCUCGACGUACGGCGGCAACCCCCUCGGCUGUGCCGUCGCCAUCACUGCUCUUGAUGUUCUUGUCAACGAGAAGCUCGCCGAGCGCUCCCAGCGCCUGGGCGAGAUCUUCCGCCAGGGCGUCAAGGACCUCAACUCGCCCUUCGUCACGACGAUCCGCGGUCGCGGUCUCUUCAACGGUGUUGUGAUUGACGAGACCAAGUCGACCAAGGGCCGCACCGCGUGGCAGCUCUGCCUGCUCAUGAAGAGCAAGGGCCUCCUCGCCAAGCCCACCCACGUUAACAUUAUCCGCUUCGCCCCUCCCCUCGUCAUCUCGGAGGAGGACGUCCGCAAGGCCGUCAAGAUCAUUGGCGAGUCGCUCGCCGAGCUCGACACGCUCGAGGUCAUCCCCGGCGACGGCGAGCACCACUAAGCGCGUACGCGUAGACAGCGAGCGCGUGUAGAGGGCGAGCUGGCUAGCCGCCGCAGCCCAUGUACUAGUACGGGACAGGACUUCACUGUAGUAGUACCCCAUAGCAUGUUAUUAUGAACCAGUUAUUUGGAG